GAACCAUAGAUUGUAUUCAGUAUCUUUGGUACACAUGGGGGACUGGUUUCUAAGACGGAGACUUUAAAAAAUGGCCUUUGAAACGUCUACUGAUUGAUAACAUAUUUAAGUCUUUUGUGGUGCAUGUCAGUCGAUCAAUAUAAUAAAAUUUACAUAAAACAACAAAAGCAACUGUCAGGUGUUUUCAUAGUUUGAAAAUUAAUUUAAAUGAUAGUUGAAUUGCCUUAUUUUAUCCAUAUUUUACUUCUUGUAUAUCUAAAGUAUUUGUGAACCGUGAUACAUCAACCAAGAACUAACUUUCGAUUAUCUAACCGGAUAUACGUCAGUAAACGUCCAUGGUAGCCAUGUAAACUUCCUGUCGCCACUGCGAGGGGAGCUACGGCUGGCCGACAGAAAAAAAAAAAAGCUGGUCAAAAGACCAGUGGCAAUUAAUGAGAUGUAUGCCAUGAAUACAUACCAGUGUGGAAGGGUGGAUUUCUCUGAAAUUUCAGCAUGAUGAAGCAAAAGGGUUUGAAUUAAAACACUUCACAUCUCUGCAUGAUGGCAUCAGGUGGUAGGAGAAUCUUUCCCAUUGACGAAAUGGAGGUAACAUCCCCCUCUGUUGCCACGGGUGCAAGUGGCUUAAGUAACUUAGUGACAACAAAAGAGUCAGCAUCAUUUCAAAACACUGCAAAUAGCCCUUCAAGACAGCAGACUUUAGAAGAAGCUUACUGGACAAGCAAGCAGAAACAUGCUGGUAUACGACGUUUCAAUGCCACUCCAAAAGACACAGAUGAUCCCAAAAAUCAGAUACAUAAGGAUAUGGAAGAUUACAUAGAAAAACAUUUUCAUCAGAAGGAGUGCUUUCUCUUUGUGCCAAAACCAAACCAAAAAGUUGAUGCAGCUAAAAAUUUGAAGUGCCACUGUGGAGAGAGUCUCUCCAUGCAUGUCUGGGGACGUUCAGACAGUCCAACAUCCUAUGACUUUGUACAUCCAGACUAUAUACAAAUAGUAAAGAAACCAACAGAAAAACCACCAGAUGAAAUGAAGACAGUUCAGUGGAUGUCAGAUAAUAUCAAAGUUUCACCAUCCCGCACCUUUGGCCGAAUGACUUUUAAUGUUGAAAUGGUUGGUGGCAAGAAGCCAGCAAAGUAUAUUCGAGUCAGCGAUAAUGAUAGUGUGGAUGCCUGUUUGGACAUGAUGAAAACAUUUUGGAGGAUCAUGGAUCCUUUCCCUCCAAAUCUUGUUAUAUCUGUUGUGGGUGGAGCAAAGAACUUUCGACUAGAUGGGGAGAUGAGGGACACAUUUUCAAGUGGCCUUAUCAAGGCAGCAAAGACUACCAAUGCGUGGCUUAUAACCUCAGGAUUCAACAUGGGUGUGAUGAAAGCAGUGGGACAAGCAGUGCACGAAGGCCAGGCCUUCCUGUGGGACGAUGAUCGUAUGGUUCAUCUUAUACGCUGCAUUGCUAUCGCACCUUGGGGUUAUGUUUACAACAGGCGCUGCCUUGAACAAAAGGGUAAUGCCAGUGAUGCAUACUACCGUACAUCCAAUCAAAUCUUGCAUGGAAAGCCUGUCCCUCUGAACCCUUAUCACACUCACUUCAUCUUUGUGGAUGAUGGAUACCGCAAUCGCUAUGGAGGGGCUGCCAGUUUUCGUGCCAAGUUUGAAAAACAGAUCUACACUCCCAUUUCAAAAAAAGGCUAUGGAAUUCCAGUGGUAAUGCUACUCCUUGAAGGGGGUACCGAUGCCAUACUGGAUGCAAGUCAAUCACUGAAGGAGGGCAUUCCUGUUGUUGUUUGUUCUGGGACAGGACGAGCUGCUGACCUCCUCACUUAUGCUCACAAAAUUUUAUCCAAAGACAGAAGUGGAAAACGUAUAAUGAGUGAGCAGAUGAGAAAAAAGCUUGAGGACAAUGUGUCAGAGGCUUACAGAAAGAACUGGGGUAAUAAAGUGGAAGAGGAGCUAGAAAAAGUAAUGGCAAACAUUGAUGCUUGCCUUGAAAGAGAGAGUCGGAUGAUUUUCUUUGACUUGAGGAGAGAUGAGGACCUUGAUGUAGCCAUUCUGUCUGUGCUUACUAAAGCGGAUGCUGUAUCAAUGGCCCCAGACCAUUUUAAACAGUUGGAGCUGGCCCUAACAUGGAAUCGUGCGGACAUUGCACAGUCAGAAAUAUUCCGAGAAGACAUCAACUGGAAAACAGAGGAACUAAACGAAAUCAUGACCAAGGCCCUUCUUGAUGACAAAAUGGAUUUUGUUCGCCUCUUACAUAACCAGGGUGUUUCGAUGAAAGAAUACCUCACAGCAUCUCGUUUAGAAGAGCUCUACACCAAGAUUCCCAAGCACCAUUUCCUAAAUGACAUUCUAAAACGUCACAGCCACAAGAGUGACUUUGGACUAGAAGACAUUGGAGCAUUUCUUGUCACACUUCUGGAUCGCUAUGAUGAUGACAAGCUUACACCAAAUGCCAAAAGAAACCCAAGACGUAAUAUUUCAAGGCAUGACACAGCCAAGUCAUUCCGAAGCAGGCGUUUAAUUGAGACUGACACUGAACCAGAGGAAGAAGCUGAGCAGUUCAAACGACCUUACAAACAGUUACUCAUCUGGGCUGUCUUGCUGAACAGGCCACGACUUGCACAGUUUUUCUGGGAGAUGGGAGAGGAGCCAAUAACCAGUGCUCUGUCAUGUACACAGCUGUGUGUGGGUUUGAAUAGACUUAUUCCAAAACACCUGUCCACAAUCAAGGCAGAGUUUCUCGAAAUGAAAAAAAUGUUUGAAGUGUUAGCAACCAAGGUUUUGGAUGAGUGCCAUGCCAGAAGCCCCGACAAGGCUAUCAUGCUGGUGGAGCGCCAGUCGCCAAUAUGGAGUCACCUGACAUGCCUACAGAUUGCAGCAGCUGCGAACGAUCAAGUUUUUGUGUCAUCGGCAGGAUGCCAAAACUCCAUCAACUCAACUUGGAAAAAUGGAGUUCUUGCAGACUGGAGAAGGGUGCUUAUGACAGCUGUUUUUCCAGCCCUGAUAUUUUUCAUGAUUGAGUUUGUUGACAUUGGCAGCAGAAAACUUGGACCUUGUCAGAAAGUCUUUGUCUUUUUCACAUCACCUAUCACUACCUUUGCUUAUUUCACAAUGAGUUACAUCACCUUCUUGGGGCUUUACACCUACAUGCUUUUAGUAGACUUCCAGAGACAUCCUUCUGGACUGGAAUAUGUUCUCAUGCUCUGGAUUUUUUGCCUGUUUGUUGGAGAAAUACACACACUUCUUGCAUUCCCUUCUGCAACACUCAAGAGAAAACUGCAGGAUUCCUUUACUAUCCUGAACUGGCUGGAGCUGGUCAACAUGGUGCUUGCCUUUGUUAGUUUUGGUUUGCGUAUCAAUGAUGUCUUCUACGCAGAGGCCAAGACAAUCUACUGCACUAAUGUUGUCAUCUUCUACAUCCGGAUCAUCCAGGUGUACACAUCAAACAGUCAUCUAGGCCCCAAACUCUACAUGAUCAUCAGAAUGGUGGAACAGCUUGUUAUGUUUUUGUUGGUGCUGAUUGUAUUUUUGGUGGCAUAUGGUGUCGCAAGCCAAGGGCUGCUGUAUCACAGACGCAUUCCUGACUGGUCCAUUCUUCGUGAUGUUAUAUACUUCCCCUACUUUCAGCUCUUUGGAGAGCUUUUCCUGGAUGAAUUUCAGACUGAUAACACCUGUAUUUCUGUUUUGAGCAAUGACACUGAUUUGGCACCUUAUGACAAUACAUGUCGUACAUACUCAGGACUUGUACCUGUUCUUCUGGGACUGUACUUGUUGGUUGUUAAUGUUCUCCUGCUCAAUUUGCUUAUUGCUAUUUUCAGCCAUGUGUUUGAGACUGUGGAGAAAAAUGCAGUUGAAAUAUGGAAGUUCCAGAUGUAUUUUCUGGUAAUGGAGUUUCAGACAAGAGUGAAACUUCCACCACCUGCAUCCAUCUUUCUGCACAUCUAUUCAUUGUGCAAAUGGUUAUGGAGAAAGAUUAAUGCCAGACAAAAACAGCAUGCUGAACAAUACCAGCAGCGCCAGCUUGAAUACCUUGCACUAUUUGAAAAAGAAAUGAUGGCCAACUACCUGAGACGUGUAAAGUCUGAGUCCAUGGACUCUGUCCAAGUAAAGUUCACUAAGCUACAGAAACGUGUGGAUUUGCUGACCAAACAGAUCGAAGACAGACAUAUACAGGAUGACAAGCAAGGAACUAUUCACUUCAGUGACAGUUUCAAAGCAAAUACUUUGCGUGAAGAGUCAUGGCCUGAAGGUCAGCUGCCAAAAGAAUUAAUUCCAGAUGCUAAAGUGACUGCCAAACCACCCAGACCUCAUGUGAGUGAGAAGGAUAUCUCGAAAGAAGAAAAACAUCUGGAAACAGCAGACCACAAGGAGAAUCCACUAAAUCUUAACCUUCAAGAAAGAGAAGAGAAGAAGAAACACAAGAAAAAGAAGCACAAAAAGAAGCACAAGGAAGAAGUAUCACAGGAGCGUAACCUGGAGAAAAAAGAACUUAAUAUCAACAUACCAGAAGCAGACUUUAAGCUCUUACCAGAGAAAAAGAUGUCAGAACAUAGUGUUGUUGGUACAAAAAAACUUGCACGCCUAUCUCCCUCUCAUGAAGAAUCUGCGGCAUUGUUCCAUAGACCAGAUUUUGCCUCACCUGUGGAACCCAAGAGAAAUGCCGAAAGUCUUUCUCUGGGUGAUGAGUCUGACCUGGACGAAGCAGUUGAGAGGCAGCAGAGGUCACCACAGCGGCGAAAGAGCCGUGGGUCUCUGAAUGCAUUGGCUCAAUCUCAGCGCACCAUGCAAUUACUUGAUGACACCGAGUCGUCCUCUGAAGACAAUGCUUACAGACGCAAGGGAUCUGAAAAUCGUAAAUAUCGACGCAAGACACAUCGAAGCCACAAACAGAUUUCACGACAGAGAAACGAUGAUGACAGUUAAAAGGUCUGGGAAUACACAAGCAAUGAUCUUAUUUCCUGUAAAACUCCUUUUACUGAUACAUCAGGUACAACAGCAUAGUACUCACACUUAAGAUUGUUUUUAAACUUCAGUGCCAUAAUGAAGACUAUAAAAUAAUUAUUUACAAAAUGAAGAGGAGGGGGCUGCCAUAUGUUUUAUUUCAUAUACAGUAUACAGUUAAGAGUCCUUUUGCUGUUUUGCUUUGUUCUGUAACAUUCUUUAUUGUUUACCUAACUAUCCAGGGAAAAUUAAAUUAUUUGUGAAAGAGUGCAUGUAUAGUGGACAAAUUAUACCCUUCUGAGAUUAUGUCUUUAUAGAUUGCUAUUAUGAUUUUAAACCUUUUUUAGCCUUCCCUGCUGAAUAUUGUGUAAACAUGAAAGCAAACUGAACGGAGAAAGAGAACUAAUUUUGCAAAUGUUGUUUGCUAUUUGACAUGUAUUUUACAUGUAUUAUUCUUCAUCUUGCCUCCCUUUGACGGGUUUUAUCAUGGACCAUGACUGCUGUAGUUUUGUUGUAGUUAUAUGCACGAUCUCCUAUUUACAAAUGUGAAAGUUUGUGUUUAUAAUGCUUGAAACAUUUUUGGAGGAACUAUCUGACUGGUUUGGCCGUAUUUAAAAUCUGCCUUUACGGCAUCAUCACACAGAUGAGAUUGUUGUUAAAGUUGCUGUAGUUUAGUAGGUUUGGAAGCAGUAGGUCAGGUUUCCAAAAGAAGGGGAAUUAAUUCUACAAAAUAAUAGAGAACCAAAUAACAUUAUACAUGGAAGCAAGAAUAAUGGUAUGAAAAGAAUAAAUAAACUGCAACCAGGCUAGUAAGUGACAUUGAAAAUUUCAAUGCUGGCAUUAAAGUACCAGCAGUGACAGUAUUGUCACCUUUUGUUCAAUCAAUUAGAGCAAAGCUGUUGAAUUUGCUAUUCACUAAUUUAUCAAAUUCUGUUGGGAAAUUAGAUGAAAUUACUGAUUGCCAGGUAAAGCAUACUAUUGAUUGAUUUUGGGAAGCCAACAUUUCCAGCUGUAACCACAUGAGAUUUGUCAGAUACAUAGUUGAUAGACUUUGAAAAGAGACAAGGAUGUAAAAACGAAGGAUUUUGGUAGCAAAAUAAACCGAUUGAAUAAAGUGUGAAAUGUGAAUUUUAGAUGAAGUGGGGAGAGAAGAGAGAUGAUAUGUUUUGUGUAUGAGAUUUAACUUUCUGUGAGUUUUUAUUGGAACAAGUUUUGUAUUUCUCUAGAUUGUUUAUAGACUAUAGGCUUCUAUGGUUUCUUGGUUUAUGGGGAAAAUGAAAUGUGCUUUGUCAUGAUAUUUUAGCCUGCAAUUUUUGCUGGAGCAAAACCUGAACACAUGGCAUCUUGAUAUUCUAAUCUCAUAUACAUUAUAAAGAACUGUCAUGGUAUCCUUUCCAAUGCAGUUUAAAGGAAGAAAGAAUCUCUUAUUCUAUAGAAUCUCAGCUGUCAUGUCAUGUUUUUUCUCAUGACCAUUAAAUGGCCUUUCUGAUUUGAUGAUGUGCUUAUUGUUAUUGUUGUUGUUUUAAUACUGUUGGGAUACAGAAGCAUUGGGAUGCACAACAUUGUUUCUGUUUUAUAUAUGAGAAUACCUCAUGUUUUAUUGGUUUUGGAAAUAUUUUGCUCAGAGUAUGCUUCUGUAAGCAAUAGUUUUCUUAUGAGCAUUUUUGCAGUUUACAGUGUUGUGAUCAUAAUCAUAUAUGUAAAGUUAUUACAUAUCCAUAGGAAUAUAAGCAGCAGACUUUCUUUGUGUUGCUGAAUAAUGUUGAAUAUAUGCAUGAUUCUUCAGUGAUGAGAAGAGUUCAGUUUUCUGGCACUGCUGUUGACAAUGAAUUUUUAUUUUGAUGAAAAACAUUUUUCUAAUAAUUUAUUUUUGUCGGUCACUACGCUGCAAAGCCUAUGCUCAACAUUUAAAAAUCUUGUGUAAAAUUUUUGCAAGUAUUUUAUAUUUAUGGCACCUUUCACCAUUUUAUGAUUUGCUUUUGAACUUUACUUAAACAUGUUUAUUUAAGGAAAUAUAUCUGAGACUAUUCUUAUAAGACAUGAUAUUAAACGUUCAAUUUGUAUUGAAAUUUGAGAUGCUUAUUUAACAACGGCAAAUAAACAAUCCUUUUAUC